AUGACUUGGCAGGUGCAAGCGAACUGCCAUCCUUGCCAUAAACCCUCAAUAAGCAAGAGUUUUCACUGGAAGAGAAAAAAAGAUAACUUGGUUCGCAGUUAUAAAUACUCUCCCUUGACUUUUCUGCCCCUCAACCUGUAUGAGCAAUUCCAACGGGCAGCAAACGUUUUCUUUCUGCUUAUUGUGGUCAUGCAGUGUGUUCCUGACAUUGCAACCCUGCCAUGGUACAUCACCAUGCUUCCACUGCUUUGUGUACUGACAGUGCGCGGGGCAAAGGACCUGCUUACAGACCUGGGUAGACGUCAUAGUGAUAACAAGAUCAACUCAAGGCCCUGUGACAUUCUAACUGCAAAUGGCUUUACAACAGCACAGUGGAAGGAUGUGUGUGUUGGAAAUAUUGUGAGAAUCCAUAAGGACCAGGUCAUGCCAACUGACAUGCUUCUCCUGUGCAGUACUGAACCACACAGCUUGUGUUAUGUUGAGACGGCUGAUAUUGAUGGAGAGAACAACUUGAAGUUUCGCCAGGCCCUUGCUGUUACCCACAUAGAAUUGACCAGUGGACCAAUUGAGGAGCUUCUAACUCAUUUUGAUGGGGUUGUUUGUUGUGAGGAGCCAAACAAUCAAUUGUACUCUUUCAGAGGAGAGUUGCAGUGGAGGGGGCAUGACUAUUUGCUGGACACACAGCACUUGCUUCUCAGAGGAACUGUGCUGCGCAACACACACAUGGCAUAUGGCCUGGUCAUUUACACAGGCUCAGACACCAAGAUUCUUAGAAACUGUGGAAGUCUGACAUUGAAGAAAACUCAGGUGGAGCACUUCCUUAACAAAGUGGUGAUGACGAUUAUUCUUGUAUUGCUGCUAGUAGUUCUCCUAUUAGCUGUGGGAUGUGGAUUGUUUGAACAUUUGGUUUCGCCAAAUAUCGAGGUUCUCUCUGCCAUAAGGGGCACCUCCACUGCUGCCUAUCGAGCUUUCCUAGCUUUCUGGGGGUACAUCAUUCUACUAAGCCCUGCAAUGCCGAUAUCCCUCUAUAUCACGUUUGAGCUGACUCACUUAGUACACUGCCUCCUAAUUGGCUGGGACAUAGAGAUGUACUGGGAGGACAGCAACAGGCCUGCUCAGGCCCAAACCACCUCUUUGAAUGAGGCGCUGGGUCAGGUGGGCCACCUUUUCAGUGAUAAGACAGGCACUCUCACUCAAAACCGCCUCAUCUUCCGCCAGUGCUGCAUUGCUGGACAAAUUUAUGGUAAUGCAGGGGAUAUGCCGUUUUCAAAGCCAAGGGACCUGAGCUGGAACCAAUACUCUUGUGGUGGGCUAUUUUUCUAUGACCAGCAACUGGUCAAUCGGCUGCAGGAAAGGAGCUGCCCUGACAGCAAAGAAUUUAUCACUGCAUUGGCACUGUGCCACACUGUCAUGAGCGAAUGGAAAAAUGGAGUCCCUCAGUACCAUGCAGCAUCUCCUGAUGAGGAGGCUCUGGUGUGUGCAGCUCGAGAGCUGGGCUGGGUGUUCCUCUCACGCACACGCGAUUCCCUCACACUGAGUGAGCUGGGAUGUACACGUCAGUAUCACCUGCUGGCCUUGUUGGACUUCACCAGCAUGAGGAGGCGCAUGUCAGUGCUGGUGAGAACAACAGAGGGAGAACUGAAACUCUAUUGUAAAGGUGCAGAUGCAGUGAUUCUGCAGCGACUAGCAAAGAACAGUCAACAUCAGGAAAGCACAGAGCGGGCUCUAGAGGUGUUUGCUCAGAGCUGUCUGCGCACUUUGUGUGUGGCUGUGCGUUCUGUAUCAGAGACUCAGUGGAUGGAGUGGAGUCAGGCUCUACAACAGGCUACCAUGGCAACCAGUUGCAGAGAGAGCAUGCUGGAGGAAGUGUAUGAUCUCAUGGAAAAUGAGUUGAUGUUGCUGGGGGUCACAGCCAUUGAGGAUCGUCUGCAGGACGGCGUCCCAGAGACUAUUGCCAGCCUUCGCCAGGCAGGGAUAAGAGUGUGGAUGCUAACUGGGGAUAAGACAGAAACAGCUGUGAAUGUGGGUUAUGCCUGCAAAUUAUUAGAUCCAGAUGCAAGGCUGCUGCAAGGUGAUGAUCUCAGACAGUUUCUUCAGUCUUCCACUGCAGAAGUUUGUUUUAAUAAGGAUAAAGGCUCCAAGGUUUGGACCACAAAUAAAGCGUGGCGAGAGAGUAAACCUGCUCUCGUUCUUGACGGAUUUGAGCUUACAGAACUAAUCAAAACACCAGAGUUGGGUGCCAAGUUUGUGUCCUUGUCCAACAACUGCCAGUCAGUGCUGUGUUGUCGUGUGACUCCUUGGCAGAAGGCUAAGGUUGUAGAGUUGGUCAAAAAGUUUUCUUCCUCCAUCACCAUGGCAAUAGGAGAUGGUGCCAAUGAUGUGAAUAUGAUUAAGAUGGCGCAUAUAGGUGUUGGCAUGUGUGGUGUAGAGGGCAGUCAGGCAGUACAGAAUGCAGAUUUUGCACUGGCACAGUUUGGCUUCCUGCGCAGGCUGCUUUUGAUUCAUGGUCACUGGUCUUACCACCGCAUAUGCAGCUUUCUGCACUACUUCCUGUAUAAAACCACCUCCUAUGCUUUGGUACACAUCUGGUUCAGCUUUUACAAUGGCUUCAGUGCCCAGCCUAUGUAUGAGAGCUGGUUUGUUGCCCUCUACUCCAUAAUGUACACAGCACUGCCAGUUCAGUGCCUGGGCUUCUUUGAUAAGAACAUGAGUGCUGAGAGCUGUCUUUGCUGGCCUGAGGUUUACAUGAUAGGACAGAAAAAGGAGCUUCUCAACCCUCUCAACGUGGGAGCGACACUACUCUACUCAGUCUACACCUCAAUAGUCAUUUUCUUUUUCUCCAUGGCAGCCUUUCAGAACUCUGAUCUGGACUAUCAGACUAUGGCUGUUACUGUGGAGACAUCAGCUGUAUUCUCAGUUACUGCUGAGAUUGUUUUACAGACCAAAUACUGGACCAAGUACAAUUUUGCAGCAGUGCUGGUCAGCAUAGGACUAUUCUUUCUCACCACUGUGAUCCUUCAUAGUCCUCGUAUGUUUACAGCUUCCCCUAAAGACUACCUUUUCCUAGGAGCUUCAACGAAUGCCUUUGUCAAUCCAGUGGUGUGGUUGGUUGUGUUUCUUACAACAUGCACUGCUGUCCUUCCCUCUAUUACAAGAAAAGCUUUAAAGGUGAUACUUUUAAACCCCAACAGACACAAGAUCCAUUCAUCAAAGGAGCCAGCUGAACUACUAUGGUUUAGGAGAGGUGCUUUACAUCGACGUUCUUCUUAUGCUGUAUCCCAGGGAAAAGGCUUUGGGAGGUUAGUGACUUCAGAAGAUGGAAUCUGUUCUACAGGGACCAAUUUGGAUGGUACAAUAAUCACAGACUCUGAGGGCAGUUUAAAAAGAAGAUAAUAAAGUGAAAAUACAAGAAAAUCACACAUGGAAGAAAACUUUACUAGCUAUUACCAGGUCUUAACAGAUCUGUAGACUGGUUUUCUUUAAAAACACAUAAAAUGUAGAUGUUUUAAUUGGCAUUUGAUGGCAUACCUUAGGUGUAUGAGACUGCUUUACUAAGGGUCUACAUGUCUACAAUGUUUUACAGCUUUUUUAUUUCAUGUUGCCAAACA